AUGCCUACACUCGUCUGCACGGGCUGCUCGUCUUCGCUCGGCUUGCUCGCGCUCUCGUCCUUUGUCUCCCGCAUCAUCGCUUCCCCACCUUCAGCGCAAUGGCGCAUCCUCGCAGCGUACAGGUCGACAAGCCUCACAGCAGGGCAGGAAGAGCUGGCGAAGCGAUGCCGAGAACACCCGGACAAGCUUUCGCUGGAUUGGAUGACCCUGGACCUCCUCAAGCUCUCGAGUGUUGAAGCGUUCGCCAGGCGGGUCAAGGAGGCGCUGAAAGAGGAGGAAGGUGUCGACGUGUUGUUCAUCAACGCCGCCAUGUACAACAUGGGCGCUCGGACGGUCGACCUUGGCGGGGCGGCUUGGACGCAGGAGGCUCUCGUCAACCACCUUUCCCAGCAUUACCUCGUCCAGAUGCUCGCUCCCUUGCUCACCCGCGCAUCGGCAAACGGACUUCCUCGCUCUCGCCUCGUCUUCACCUCAUCUCAGCUUCACACCUCGAUCAAGUCUCUCGACGAACUUGCGCCUCGCCUCAAGCCUUCCACCACCGACCAUUCGAGCGGAAAGUCGCGCUAUGCCGCGUCGAAAGUCGCACAGCUCAUCUCGGCACGCUACUGGCAGCGUCACUUCGCAGCGGCGAAAGCAGAUGCCCGACCAGUCGACGUUGUGACUGUCUCUCCUGGCUUCGUCCCCACCACCGGCCUGACACGCGACGUACCCCUCCUCGGCCGCCUCCUCAUGCGGUACAUCCUCUCCCUCAUGCCCUUCGCCGUGUCCGAAUCCGAAGGCGCCGCCCGCCUCGCUCGCACAAUCCCUGCCUCACCCUCCGACUCCGAUGACGCCCUCUCCUCUCUCCUCGCCGAGCUCUCGAAGACCGACAAUCCGCCACUCGUGUUCCUCGCCGGCCCUUCGACCGCACCUGUUCCGACUGUUGAUGAAGUGCGGAGCGGCGCGAGAGGCGCAGUCAGAGGUGGUGUGGCGGAGGACUUGCUGGCACGGACGGAGGACGACGAGAUGUGGAAGCAGGUCGAGUGGCUGCUGCCCAGCGAGGACACGCUGCGGAGCUGGGCGGGCGCAACCGAGUGA